AUCCCGGCCCCCGCGGAUCCCCUUUGACUCGAGCGGUUCCGGCGCCGCUCACUGAUUGCUGCUUCCGCCCGAAAGCCCCGCCAUUUUGUGUCAGGACGCCUUCAGUGUCGCGUAAAAAGUGUCGGUCGUGUCUGCAGCAUCGGCUUUCCCCUCGAGUGUUUCCACAUUUAUUCGUACAUCAAGUACAUCGAACAAUCGAAAACUGACCAGAGCAUACGUUUGUGAACGUACCUGAGGAUGAACAAGACCGAAGAUUCUCUUCAAAGCGACGACCGCGAGCGAAGUCGCGAGCGCGAUCGUUCUCGUCGAACGGAUCGUCAGUCGCGCAUAAACUCAGCCUCUCGGGACCGCAGUCGUGAGAGGAACGACCGAGGCCGUCGCAUCGCCGAGCGCAGGAUCUACGUGUCGAACAUUCCCUACGACUUUAGGUGGCAAGAUCUGAAGGACCUCUUCAGAACGGAGGUGGGGAAAGUCGCCCACGUUGAGCUGUUCACGGACGAGGGUGACAAGCCGAGGGGCUGUGGAAUCGUCGAGUUCGAGGACUCUGACUCCGUCAAAGUAGCGGUGGACAAGAUGCACAGAUUCGACAUCAAAGGGCGUAAGCUAGUCGUCAAGGAGGACUACGACGCUGAGAGGGACAAGUACGGACGUCUCCAGUCGUCUAGGGACCACGACAGACAGCGAGAGGAUCGUUACAGGGACACCCCGCGUCAGAGCUCGAGGCAAACUCUCUCCUCAAGCACCGGAGGUGGCGGUGCAAGUUCCAUCGGCGGCAACGACACCAAAUUCGGGAAUACCUACGGCCUCAGCACUCAGUUCCUGGAGUCCCUGGGCAUCAACGGUCCCCUAGUGACCCGCGUCUUCGUCGCCAAUCUGGAUUACAAAGUCGACGAGAAGAAGCUGCUGGAGGUGUUCAAAUUGGCUGGAAAGGUCAUCAACGUGGAGCUGGGCAAGGACAAGGACGGAAAAUCCAGGGGCUUUGGGGUUGUCGAGUACGAUCAUCCGGUGGAGUCUGUCCAGGCCAUCUCAAUGCUGCACAAUCAGCAGCUGUUCGACAGGAGAAUGACUGUGCGCAUGGAUCGUGCUAACGAUCCCGAUUUGCCACCGAAAUUACCAGAGGGCUUGAAGGGAAUUGGAAUGGGACUGGGGGCUGGGGGGAACAGGCUCACUGACGUCGCCAGGAACAUUCCCAAUGUCCAGACCAAUGCCUCACCAGUUGUCAACCCAAUCUCUGCCCCGGUACUGGCUACCAGUGCCUUCAGUGCUGGACUCAAUAAUGUCGUGCCUGCGCAGCUGGCUUCAGCCCUCUCGAAUACCAAUGCUGCAGCCCUCCAGGCAAGUCUCGCUGGUGGUCUGGGUGCCAAUUUAACAACGAAUUCCCUGCUGAAUCCAUCGCUGACAUCAGAGUUGGCGUCGAAUCUGAACAGUUUCAGCAACAGUGUCACUGGGCUGUCGAGCCUCCAGGCCUCCCUGGCGAGUAGCCAGGCCGCGAACUCGUUUGCCCCACGAGCCCUGGGAAAACUCGACUCUGACGUGUCUUUCGGUGGCACCAAUGCCUUCGGAAGCUCGAAUUAUGGCAGCAGAAAUGAUUUCGAUGCUUUUGCUCGCAGUGAGGCUGACAGAAUUUCAGGGAACAGUGGUGUCUUUGCUGGGAAUCAGAGCAGUGCUGGAAGUGGACAGAGACAGAAUACCAAUGGAUCAAGACCAAUGUCUGAUACUAUUCUCAUUGGAAAUCUUCCACCAAACACGACGUGGCAAAUGCUCAGAGACAAAUUCCAGGACAUUGGGGAAGUUAAGUUCGCUGAGAUGAGGGGAAAUGACUUGGGAAUGAUCAGAUUCGCGUCAGAGUGGGAUGCUGAGAGAGCAGUGUCAAUGAUGAACCGGUCCCGCAUCGACGGCAGAACGAUUGAGGUUCGCCUAUACUAAACCUCCCAAAUCAAGGUAAUGAAAACAGUCUCUCGAAAAAAAAAGCAAUUCCAGAUUUUUAUGACGCAUAAAUUCAUUGAUCCCCUGGGGCUUGUCCGAUGGAUUCAGAGCUCUCGAUGGAAUUCCAAGAAGAUGCUGUUCUCUUUCUCCUCGACGACGUUUGGGGUUUUCUGACGUUCCAAGACGAAACUAAAACAUUAUUCCUGGCCUCGAGAUUAAUUCACAACAUUUUUUGGAUACAGGAGACGAUAAUUCAUUGAUCCGAUGAAUUCUUCGAUUCAAGACAAUUUGAGGUCGAUUUUUCUGGUGGAAGAGGACAAGAUAACUCACAUAAUAAUGUCUCCAAGCGUCUACAUCUAUUUUUCAUUCAUUAAUUUCGUGUUCCAGAGUGAAUAUUCGACGGUUGCUGUUCCGAUAGGACAUUUAGGGCUUCGUAAUUUCGUUUUUACUCAAAUUGUAAAAGAUGUAGGACAUUUGUAUCUAGAGGUAUCUAUAAUUUUAAGGUGUAACAGACAUUUUGCAGAUGAAUGGAAUGAUUUAUGAGUGCAGUAGUGAAGUUUAACGAAUGUAGUCAAUUUCACUGGAUCAGUUUUUUGGGAGUAUCUCGAGAACUGAUGGAGAUGGCGAAAUUUUUGUGGAGAGCAUUUUUCUAGCUCGUGUUUUUCUCGACAAGAAAGUUCUCACCAAAAAUUUUGAUAUCUCCUUCAGGUCUAGAGAUAUUCACCAAAAACUAAUUCUAAAAUCUGAAUAAUUGAAUUAUUUUGGUUUUUUAGUUUUUAGUUUUUGGUGAAUACUAAUCUUUGAAUUGACUAAUGCAUUUUCCCUUUGACUACUGGCUCGACAAUUGUUUAUUUCUGUGAACAUUCUGACAGGUGUUGCUCAGUACUGAGUAUCACAUGGACAACGUUUUAUUGAAAAUUGUCAAGAGCAAUUGAUUCAACAAGAAAACCAAAUCGUAGAUUAGAUUUGAUGGUAAUUCUUCUCAUUCAGUAAUGCUGAUGAAAAUUCGUGUCUAUUAUGAUUGUCUGCUCUAGGUCGGAGAUUACUAUAUUCAAUUAAAAUGUUUUAUUGUCGAUUUAUAUUCCCGUACUUAGGCACUUUAUUUCACUCGAGGGUUUUGAUCGAUGGGCGACGAAGAUUUAAGAAGACAAAUUGAAGAGGAAAUGGUCUGGUUUGGCUCCACUCAAGUCUGGGCUUUCUCUGAUGGAUUUCCAUGUUUUUUUUCUCCACCUGCAGUGUUAAUCAAAUUAAUUAAUUUGUCCAUCAAUAGCGUAAUCAACGCAGUCUUGUAUUGAAAAAUAAUCUCUUGUAAUAACCGAUGAAUUUCAUACAGUGAAUAAAAUUGAGACUCAAUUUGACUAAGAUGAA